UACUAAUCGGAACAAAGUUGAGACCGACUACCCCGGGGCACAGCUUUUACGAGCCCAAACCCCUCAAAACCACCAAACGAUAUCUUUCCCCGGCUCCGCGUAACACUUGUCAGUGGCGAGCCUCGGCUACAAGGGUGUGGCACUUUGCACGUCGGAAGGGUGAACGCGGUAAACUCAACAGCCGGCGUCUGUGUUAAGGCAAGCAGGCCGGAUCGAGGAGUGUGAGCCCAGUUGUAUACAGACUAACCGGGCAUCAGCAGUCUGCUGUACAUGCGUCCAAGAGAAAUCUACGAGAUCUACAAAUAUUCAGGAAGUACAAUACAUCGCAUGCUCAAGAACUGGAUUGUGGGUCUUUUUCAUCCGACCGGUGAAAAAUUCUGUUUGCAGCCAAGGAAGUCCGAUUGGUGGAUAUUUCAAGAUUACAGCCUGAUAUAGUACCAAAAUAACCCGGCGGCGCAGAGAGUGGUCUGAAACUUUUUUUAAAGGUCACCCUGUGUUUGUGAAGGAAAUUGCUUUUAACAGGUUGCUAUCGUUGGGCCAAAGAUUGAAAUCGAGAAUGUCGUAUUAAAAGGUGAAGUCAGCCAGACGAUAAAACCCGAAUCCCCUAGAAAUCGACAUCGGUCAAAUUCGGAAUCAGUUCAGCAACAUCGGUGCCACUGUUCACCAGUAACAAGAAGGAUUAAAACCGACUACUUCAAAUGAGCAUAGAUCACCUAGAAUCGACCGACUACAAUAAAGUCGAAUUUCCACGACCAGAUGAGACAGAUCUGCGAGUAAAAUCGACAUUUAAUUCAACGCUUUGAGUCGAUAUUUCAGAGACAUGAACCACCAAUGCCACAGAAAAAGUCGACAUUUUCGUAGUUAGAAUCGACAUUUCAACGACAGAAACCAACAGCCCCACAAAACAAGUGAACAUUUCAAGUAAGAGCAACGACAAGUUCACGUGCUUGUAUACAAUAUGGGUAUGAUUAACGAUUUUUCGUCUGCCUCACGUUGGGGAAAGCUUCUUGUCUUAGUAUUAAUCCUGGGAACUACUGUGUUAGGUACAGGGAUGUUCACAUUAAACUGGGCUAAAGGGAGCGUCGUCCAGGCCAGAGAUUGGAACAAAAACGUCAUCUACAGCCGUAAUCUCAGCGACAUCUUCGAGAUCUCGUCCCAGACGGGAUUGUGGGAAUUCUGUACUUCACUGACGUUUAAAGAAAAAUACCGCCGAAGUCCAAGUUACUACUACAAGGAGAUUCUGCAGAAGUCUGUGUCCGGCUGUCGGCGAAUCAACGUGGAGAAAGAUUGGCUGAGGGCUGUCCAGGUGAUAAUGGCGUUGGCGUUCCCGACCGCCAUUGUGUCGGUGCUUCUGAUUGGCCUGUACAUAUUUUCCCCGCAGAAGUAUCGGGUCGACAAAACGUCCAUAGCAACAGGAAUCGCUUCAUUUCUGUCGUGUGUCCUGAUUGGUGUAGGCGUGGCUGUGUUCGGUAUCCACCUGAACACGGAGGGCCUCGCCCUCUCUCAGUUUGAUUGUUAUUACCUCGACUUCUUCAACUUCGCCGCCAUUGACCUGUCCUGGUCGUACCUCAUCACCUGCUUUUCAGCCUUCAUAUUCCUUACCGGAAGUUGCUUGUCUUACUUCCUGACCCUGCGCACUCGACAGCGAGAACGAAUGCGCCGGCGCAGUGAGUCCCGGAAAUCUGCCAGUCGGAACACCCCUCAACUGUUACAGCAAUCGAGCCAAGUUAGCGACAAUGUGUUCGCGUGAUCAGAAUACGUGGGAAGAAAGCAGGAAAAAUAUUCUCAGCCACUGUUCGUAUUUGUGACGACAUGAAGCCGAUGUAUUCAGAGCGGUUGAUUCUUAUUUGUUUGGACAUGUCGGCUGAAACAUUCCAAGUCGCUACCACGAAGUUCUACAUCAGUGGUUUUCAGUGUUUAGGUACGGAAUCUCAUGAAAACGUGCAAUUACAUCUGAAUUAAGUGCUAUCCAUCCAGAGUGAUCUCCCUUUACUCGGAUGGUCGGUGAUUCGUACAGUUUGUGCCUCUGUGAAGGUCUGUGAAGACAGUCAGCGGUUCGCACUUAGCAGUUAGCUAUUCGUCGGGGGAGCCGUCCAUAUUUUUCCUUACAUAUAUAAUUGAUUUAUUUCGACUACUGUAUAAAUAUUUGAGUGGUUCUUGAUG